ACUAAUAACUGUGUUUAUAAUAACUGUGCUUAUAGGAGAUUCUUAUUUCCACGAACGAGAGCAAAGUAUGCACUUCUAUUAACUCUGUUCUUUCGAUUAUUGUUAUAGAUUAUUCUAGAGCAAGAAAAAAGUUCACACGUUUAGAUUAUGCAUUCUCAUUACUAAGAAUUGUGUCGAUAAAAAGGAUAUUUGAAUUAACCUAGAGCGCCUUUUAACGAUAUAAGAGGGCGUUCGAGUACUAACCUCUUAAAAUCGAGGAAGGAAAUUGAUGGGCUUGGCGGUGCAGUUAGCGUCGGUAAAAUGGCGGACGGUGACAUUGAUUUGUACGCCGAUGAUCUCGAGCAAGAUUUCGCGCAGGAUGAAUUUGCUGGUGAUGGUGUGGAUUUGUAUGAUGAUGUAAUCGCAGCACCGGCUGGUGGAAAUGGAGGUGUUUCCAGUGGCAAUGCUGGCGAUGGAGGUGGGGACACAACAUCGACCAACGAAGAGACUAAUGGGAAUGCACCAUAUCAUCAGCUUGGUAACAACAUUCAACCUAAUCAAAUAGGAAGACGUCAUCAACUAUACGUUGGCAAUUUAACUUGGUGGACGAGCGACCAAGACAUAACCGAUGCAGUUCAAAGUAUUGGCGUAUCUGAUUUUGUAGAAGUAAAGUUCUUUGAAAAUAGAGCUAAUGGACAGUCCAAAGGUUUUUGCGUAAUUUCUCUGGGUUCAGAACAAAGCAUGAGAAUAUGCAUGGAAAGAUUACCUAAAAAAGAAUUACACGGUCAGAAUCCGGUUGUAACAUUUCCAACUAAGCAAGCUCUUAAUCAGUUUGAAUCUCAGUGCAAGACACGACCAGCGCCUGCUCCUCAGCAAAGUCAGAGUCAACGUCCUCAUAAUCCGCAUCAACACCAACCACCUAUGCCACCUCAUCAACAACACCCACAACAUCCUCAACAUCCUCAACAUUCGCAACAAAAUCAUGGUCCUAGAAUGAUGAUGGGACCUCCACAAGGUGUCAGACCACAAAGGAUGCCACCACCAGGUAUGGGCCCACCCGGAGGACCAGGUGGACCUGGUCAACAAGGACCACCUCGAAUGCAUGGACCACCUAUGGGUCCCGGUCCUGGACCGCAUCAUCCUUUACCUGGACAUCCUAAUCAAGGCCCUCCUCCACCAGGGUAUCAACAAGCACCAUGGAAUGGUCCUAGACCAAAUGGUCCACCAGGACCACCGAGGGGUCCAAGUGGACCUGGUGGUCCACCACAACAGGGGCCUCCAGGACCAGGACCCGGUCAGCAUAGACCACCAGGCAUGCAAUUCCAUGGUGGUCCACCUGGACCUCCUGGUCAGGGUCCUCCUCGUGGACCACCUGGACAUCCUGGAGGACCUCCAGGUGAUCCUAGAGGUGCUCAGCCACGACCAGAAUGGAAUAGACCACCAGGAAUGCAUCAUGGGCCUCAGGGACCACCAGGUUUCCCUCAGCAUCAACAUAUGCAAGGCCCGCAACCUGGCCAAGGGCCACCACAGAGAGGACCUCCUCCAGGUUCUAUGGGUGGUCCAGGCGGCCCUCCUCCUGGACACGGAGGUCCACCUCAGGGUCCACCUCAAGGACCACCAGGAGGACCAGCACCACAUGUUAAUCCUGCAUUCUUCCCACAAGGACCUCAUCAACAUCCCGGGCAACAUCCUCCAGGACCUCCUGGUCCUCCUCAUGGUCCUCCUCAUGGCCCACCUCAUGGACCUCCUCAUGGACCACCUCAUGGGCAACCCCAUGGUCCACCGCAUGGACCACCGCACGUACCCCCUCAUGGCUAUGGGCCACCCGCAGCACAGCCACCUUAUGGUGCACCAGGGCCUGAUCAUCGUCCCGAGGGUCCUCCUCCACUCACUGAUCAGGAAUUUGAAGAAAUAAUGGGACGCAAUAGAACAGUCUCAUCUUCUGCCAUAGCUAGAGCAGUAUCGGAUGCUGCAGCAGGAGAAUACGCCAGCGCCAUUGAAACCUUAGUUACUGCUAUUUCCUUAAUUAAACAGUCUAAGGUAGCUGCAGAUGAUAGAUGCAAAAUAUUAAUCAGUUCACUACAGGAUACUCUACGGGGUGUUGAAACUAAGAGUUAUGGUUCUGCACGCAGAGAACGUUCUCGUUCCCGUGAGAGAGAUCGCAGUCAUAGAAGACGCCGUGAACGAUCUAGAAGUCGCGAUAGAGAAUACAGAGAACGUAGCAGAGACAGGGAGAGAGAACGGGAUAGAGAACGUGAUCGUGAAAGAGAACGAGAUCGUGACCGUGAUAGGGAACGUUAUUAUAGUGAGCCGUAUCCUCGAGAAAGAUCACGCAGCAGAGAAAGAGAGCGUGAUCGAGAAAGAGAUCGGGAGUACAGAGAAAGAAGCAGAGAAGAAAGUACGACACGUCAGUCAGCCAGGCCGAGAGUAAAAGAAGAACCGCCAGAGGCGGCUCCCGUCUCGUCUUCCAAGGCGUCUAGGUAUUAUGACGAUCGCUACAGAGAACGUGAACGAGACAGAGAACGAGAACGAGAAUCAAGCCGAAGACCAUCUGAACGUGAAAGAGAACCGGAACGUGAGCGAGAACGUGAACGAGAAAGAGAUCGACGUGAUGAAAGAGGAGAUUCUUCACAUCGUUCAAGACAUUAGACGGGUUUGAAGAGAAAGGAUAAUAUAUAGUGGGAACGAUUACUAUAACACAUAAUAUUGUGACCCUCAACGUAGUCUUGUUCAAUUUAAAAAGAAAGAGAAAAAAAAAUGAAACAAAUAAAAGUUAA